UUACCCUAUUUCUGUUGAGAUGCUCUGUGUUUCUUGCAAAUAAUUUUAAAUAUAACAAAGAAUUUAGUAAAAUAACUUCGUUAUCAUUCAGCUGGUGUUAGGAACAUAAAUUGUGACUAAGUUAUAAAAAUGUCGCAGUGUGUCUUGGUUACAGGGGGAGCCGGUUACAUCGGCUCUCACACAGUUGUGGAACUCCUCAACGCUGGCUACGAGGUCGUUGUCCUUGACAACCUGGUAAACGCCUCGUUAGUUGUUUUUAACCCUGAAUCUCUUCUUGCUCUGCAGCACAAGUUCUUCUGUGUCAUUCACCUGGCUGCGCUGAAGGCUGUCGGAGAAUCGUGCGAACUACCUUUACUUUACUACAAGAACAAUGUUGGUGGUGCCCUCAACUUGAUAGAGGUGAUGACAGAAUUUGAAGUGUUCAAAAUUGUUGUGUCCAGUUCCGCCACGGUCUACGGUGUGCCUCAGCAGUUACCCCUCACUGAAUCCCACCCGACAGGCAGCUGCAUCAACCCUUAUGGACAGACAAAAUACUUCAUCGAGGUCAUAUUAACUGACAUUGCAAAGGCCGACCCCCGAUGGAGCACUGUCAUACUGAGAUACUUCAACCCAGUCGGGGCCCACAAAUCCGGCAGGAUCGGCGAGAACCCUAAUGGUAUCCCUAACAAUUUGAUGCCCUUCAUCGCCCAGGUGGCUGUGGGUAAACAGAAGGGGGUGAAAGUCUACGGCAAUGACUAUGAUACUCCUGAUGGCACAGGUGUCCGAGACUACAUCCAUAUUGUUGACUUAGCCAGUGGUCAUGUGUCGGCCGUAGAGAAGUUGAAAGAAGAUUGUGGACUUAAAGUCUACAAUCUUGGAACAGGCUGUGGCUACUCAGUAUUACAAAUGAUUGAAGCUUUCAAGGAGGCUAGUGGCAAGAAGAUUCCUUACAAAAUAGUGGAACGUCGCAAAGGUGACACGGCUUCGUGUUAUGCAGAUCCUUCUCUCGCUGCCAAAGAACUGAAAUGGAAAGCUGUCAGAGACUUGAAAGAAAUGUGUGCUGAUUUGUGGUUAUGGCAAUCAAAGAAUCCAGACGGGUACGAGAGUACGGAAAAGAAGCAAUAGACUGCAAUUGUCCUGACCUGACCCGACACGACCUGACCUCGAUUGAUCUCUCUGCUGACCUUACCAAACCAAAAUAAAUAAAACCAGACCAGACUUCAUCUUUUUGACUCGUCAAACUCCAUCAUACGCAGGGUGUGGGGCCUCUAUCAACACACGUCUUUACUGCUACAUAUAUGUGUGUGUGUAUGUAUGCAUAUGUAUGUGUGUGUAUAUAUUUAUAUAUGCAUAUGUAUGUAAACGUGUAUAUAUGCAUAUAUAUGUAUGCAUAUGUGUGUGUGUAUGUAUGCAUAUGUAUGUUUACACACACACAAAAUAUCAUUUAAAUAGUCUGUUGAAAAUCCCUUUAGAUAGAAAGUUGUUUUUCUUGUAGCCAAAAGAAUUUUUUGACCGCGUUAUUCUACUAAUUAGUUAUAACUUUAUCUACUUCGAGUUCAACUAUAAAAACAAAUUAUUUCACACUCUCUCAAAGUUUCUAAAAUUCCCAUGAUGUGUGUGUAUUCUACUGGUCAAAUGGCAUUACUCUGCUAACCAGUCUUGGUCGGGUCUCAAGGUCAAACUUACAUAACAGGGGUCAGCAGUUACAACAAUACAAUGACAACGACGAUGACGAUUAUAAUAGGUCCUCAAACUUAAAGGGACAGGAACUUCUGAUUUGCAUAGGGUCCAGUACUAAACUUUUGAAGGCAUUUGAAAACUGGGCUGAAUAUUGGAACUAAAUAAUAUAUUUUUUGGUGGGGGGUUGUUCUUCAUUUUAUUCUGAAUGUAUUCCAGGGGAACGGGAAUGGGGGUGGGGAGAUUAAUCAGGGAACUUUUGAAGGGAGAGAGACUUAAGUGGUGGUGGGUAGGCAGGUAGUAAGGGACCAGAUUUUAUACACACACAUGAAUAUAAAUACAUAUAUAUAAAUAUGUGGUUAUACGAAGGCACAUGGUCUAGUGAACAGAGUGCUGCCCUCAUGAUCGCGAAGUCAUAGUUUCAAUUCCUAGACUGGGUGGUGCGUUGUAUUCUUCAGCUAAUUCUCUCCUCCUCCUCCUCCUCCUAUUUCUACUCUCCUUCUGCUGUCCAAGUCUGGUUUUCUAUUUUUCAAGGCUUAUAUAUUUUUCUUAUUUGCAACAGCAGCAUUGCUAAAUAAAUUAUUAAUAAAAAUACAUUUAAGAAAGAAAAGAAAAUACAUUUAUAGAAAAGCAAUAAAAAAAUUUAAAAAUUGAGAAAA